AUGGCAUCACAAUUGUCUACUAGUGAUAAUCGUAUUCAUGAACACCAUUAUUCAAACGUACAGUACAACAAUUAUUAUAAUAUUGUCAAUAAUUACAAUGAUGAUCAUUAUGAUUCUCAUCGAAUGAAUAAUCGUUAUCAUCAUCGUCGUCAUCGUCCACAGUCACCACGUUAUCAUAUGAAUAAUUCUAAUCAUAUCAAUUCAAAUUGUGACAAUGGUAACUGGGAUCUUACUAUUUCAAGUAGAAAGAACGAUGGCAAAACACCAAUUUAUCCUUAUCUUGAAUUAGAUGCCGUAAACAAAUGGUUUCAAGCUAAUACACACGACAUAUUCAAUGUCCUUAGUAAACCUUACAUACGAGGUUAUAUGUUAGGUGCAUCUAUAUUCCAUGAUGAAUGGUAUCGAAAUAGUUAUGAAUUAUCAGUGUGGGAAGAAUAUUUAAAGAUGGGCACAGAAAAGAAGUUUUGGGUGGAAGAAGUGCUUCGAUAUACAAAUACAUAUAAUUGCAACACAAAUAUACGUUUUAUUCAAACACAAAUAAAGAAAUUCAACGAUAUAAUUACUAUAUCACGGAAUAAUUUUGAAGAUUUCCAGUCUGAAGUAUUAACCUAUUGGAACAAUGAUCGUACUAUUCCAGUACGUCAAUUGUCCACUACUUCAUCUUCAUUCAACAUGGAAGAAACAAUAACAACAACAACACAAAAGCCUACUAUUGAUUCAUUUAUUGAACUGAAUUUUUCUGUCCAGGAUUAUAUUUUACAACGUACCAAAUAUGCAAAGAAGCUUGCUGAAACCAAAAUACAAUUGGCUCAAGCUCAAUUAGAAGACUUUCAUCUAUCAUAA